AUGGAAAACGUUGAUCGGAUCACAUUGCUAAACGAUAUUGAUGUUCUUACCACAAACUACACUAUCAAGGUUAAAAUUGUUAGUUUGUGGAGGAAGAAAAUGAGGGAUAAUGAAAGGGAGACAUAUCGAAUAGAUAUGAUACUGAUGGAUGAAAAGGGUAGCAAAAUUCAAGCUUCUUGCAUGCAUAAGCUAUUUUCAAAAUUUGAAAGGCAUCUUAAUGUUGAUGAAUGCCUUAUCAUUAAACGGCCAUCUCUUGCUGCUAACACAGCAUCUUUCAAGAUUGUUCCUAACAACCAGAAGCUAACUUUUUAUUAUCAUACCUUUGUCGAAAAGUGCAAUGUAUGGGACGGUCCGCAAUACGUUUUCAAUUUUGUUGAGUUUAAUGAUGUUCUUUCAAAGAAAAUAAAAGAGGGUACGACAGUAGAUUUCAUUGGGUAUGUUGGUGUUUGUUAUAACAUUGAGGAUACUAACAAGAAGGAUGGUAGCAAAGGGAAACGUCUUAAUCUUAAGCUUCAAGAUCUUGAAGAUGCUCAGAUCGAUUUAACUCUUUGGGACGAUCACGCUAAGGACAUGUAUUCUUACAUGAUUAGUGAAAAGCGUGAAGCACAUGUUGUCGUUGUUGUCCAUUUCGGUGCAGUUAAAUCAUACAAAGGCAAAUGGGGAUUAUCCAAUAACUUUGAUGGUUCAAGACUUUUCAUUAACGACAACUUUGAUGACAUGCUAUUGUUCAAGCAAAAGUUUCUUGCUAAACUUUCUGCUUCAAGUGAGUCAAGUAGCCAUGCUGGGUCAUAUAUGAUGUGUUCUGUCGAAGAUGAAUUUUUAAAGAAUGAUGUUUUUUCACCACUUGCUUAUCUCCCAUCAAUCUUAGAGCCAAAGAAAGUUGUUGUUGUUGGAACUAUUGUGGCAAUCGUUUCUGAUAAGAUGUGGUAUUAUGAUGGGUGUAACUAUUGCAAGUCAAAAGUUGAGAAAAAGUUUGAAACCUAUGAUAAAGAUGAUGGAACAAGUGAUGUUAGAGAUACGCAGUUGUAUCAAUGUUCUAACAAGGAUUGUAAUGGAAAAGAGGUUUUCCCGAUGUCCAGGUUUAAAAUACCGGUUCGCGUUCAAGAUUCAACUGGAACUGUGACGCUUACAUUAUUUGACCAUGAGGCGAUGAAGUUUGUUCGGAAAACUUCAAAGGAACUUAUUCAAAUUCAGGACGAGUUAUUGAAAACUAAUGAUUUCCCAAGAGAAUAUCCCGUUGAAUUUGAAGAGUUGCUUAAUCAAAAGUGUGCUUUUGUGAUUAAAGUAACUGACUUUAAUAUUGCAAAUGGUGUCGAGAAUUAUGGAAUAUCAGUUGUUACCACUGAUGAUGACAUCUUGGAUAAGCUCAACAAAAAAUUUAAAAUAGAUCAAAUUGAUGCUUAUGAAACUUUUGGUAUGAGUCAGUCUGAGUUGCAAACUUCUGGUGCUGAAGGUUUGAAGGAUGCCGAUUCUUACACUGGGGAUAACACCACACCUAUUUCAAAGGAUUAUGCGGUUGACUUGAAACAAUCAUCCUCUGACAUGAAGCGUAACCUUGAUGAUGUUUAUUUGAAUGAAGUUGGAUUGGCGUCCUCAGCAACUGAGCAAGCUAAAUGUAGGCGUUCGUUAAGAAAGCUAUAUAUUGAUAAUAAGAGAUCAAAUGCAGCUGCUUUUCCGGAAUAUGUUGUCAGAGCUUUAGAGGCUAAACACAGGCGCAAGUUAAGAAAAUUAUACCUUGAUAGUAAGAGAUCAAAUGUUACAAAAAAAUUCAUUUCUAGAGGUGGUACUUCAACAUCGUCAUCAUCAACACCAAUCCGGUUAAAUAACAAAGAGAAUUUUACUCCCAAUAUUUCAAACACCACCUUUCCUACCGAAUCUUCAACUGGUAUUGGGACAAACAAUAUUGCAAGCUCAUCAACGUUACCAUUGAAUGAUUGCUUUUCUCUUCAUCCCAGAAUAUCCAAUAAACGUAACACAACAUUUUUGUCAUCUGAAUUAAGCUCGAUAAAAAAGAUGUCUUCUGGAAAGCGUAGACUUAUUCAUAAACCAAUUGAAAUACAACCCAUACCAAUGGUUGUUCUUGACUCUGAUGAUGAAAUUCAUGUUAACGAGGUUGUGUUAGACGCCACCAAAGGCGUUUCUAAAGAUUACGUUGACCAUGGUGACCAAACUCUUACGUGUGGUUUAUGCUUUGCAAACUUAUGGCCAACCGAAGGUGGAAAGGGUCGCAUUACACUUCAAAAGCAAACAUAUAGCUUAUGUUGUGGAUAUGGUAAAGUUGAUUUGCCUGAAUAUAAAGAUUCUGAUCCAUCUUAUCAGAUGCUUUUUCGCGGUUUAGAUCAGGAAAGCAAAUAUUUCUUAAAGAACAUAAGACGUUACAAUUCUAUGUUUUCCUUUACUUCGAUGGGAGGAAAAGUUGAUACUAAAAUAAACAAAGGUAAUGCUCCAUUUGUUUAUAGAAUCAGUGGUCAGAAUGCACAUAGUAUGGGUAGUCUUCUUCCUAAGCAUGGAGCCCAGCCAAAAUUUUCACAGCUUUAUAUCUAUGAUACUGAGAAUGAGCUUUCUAAUAGGGAGUUGUUAUCUAGUGAUUCUUCAAGCAAAGCUUCGAUAAGGGCAAAGGAACUUGAUGUUAAGUUUAUAAAGAUGGUACGAGACCAUCUCCAUGACAAUCCUAAUGUUACUCUUAAACUUCGUAUAAUCUCACAGAGGGAUAGAGACGGUAGGACUUACAAUUUACCUACGUGUUCUGAAGUUGCUGCUUUGAUAGUUGAUGAACCUGAUCUCCAGAUUGAAAGCCGUGAUAUUAUUGUUGAAAUGCGUUCUGGAGAUCUUAAGCGUAUUAGCGAGUUACAUCCUUCUUAUCUUGCUCUACAGUAUCCAAUUCUUUUUCCGUAUGGAGACGAUGGAUAUAGGAUUAACAUUCCUCAUAGAGAUUUUGGUCCUAAUACAAAGAAGACAAGACCAACUUGUACUAUGAGGGAGUUCUUUGCUUAUAGAAUUCAGGAUAGGCAUAACAACUUUUCUCUAAUUCUUAAUGCAAGAAGGUUGUUUCAGCAGUUUUUAGUCGAUGCCUACACAAUGAUUGAGAGUGAGAGGCUAAACUACAUACGUUUUCAGCAAAUCAAACUGCGAUCUGAUUCGCUUAACAGUCUUAAAAAUGUUCAAGACGUUGGUCAGAGUGAUUUGAGUCAUACGGGACAACCUGUUAUAUUACCUUCAUCUUUUACGGGUGGUUCUCGAUACAUGAUGCAAAAUUACUUAGAUGCUAUGGCGUUAUGUCGGAAGUAUGGGUAUCCUGAUUUCUUUAUCACAAUCACAUGUAAUCCGAAAUGGCCUGAGAUUGUAAGAUUUAUUGGUGACUCUUCAAUUAAGCCUGAAGACAGACCUGACAUACUUUGUCGAUUGUUUAAGAUGAAACUUGAUGAAUUGAUAAAAGAUAUGAAGCAAAACAAAAUUUUUGGCGAUAUUAAUGCAGUUGUUUAUACCGUUGAGUUUCAAAAACGUGGUUUGCCACAUGCGCAUAUUUGCUUAUUUAUGAAAGCUGAUCAUAAGCUUCCUACGGUUGAACACAUCGAUCCCUUUAUAUCAGCUGAAAUUCCUGAUAAGAAUGAGGAUCCUGAAUUGUAUUCUCUUGUGAGUGACUUUAUGAUUCAUGGUCCUUGUGGAUAUGCGAACAUGAAAUGUCCAUGCAUGGUUGGGAACCGUUGUUCAAAGAAUUUUCCAAAGAGGUUUUUGGAUUCCACUUCCAUUGAUUCUGAUGGUUUUCCAGUUUAUAGGAGAAGAGAUUCUGGUCACACAGUUGUCAAGAAGGGCGUUACUUUAGACAAUAGGAGUGUAGUUCCAUACAACAAAAACCUACUUAAAAGAUAUCAGGCACACAUCAACGUGGAAUGGUGCAACCAGGCUGGCUCAAUAAAGUAUUUGUUUAAAUACAUUAAUAAAGGACCUGAUCGAGCCACUGUUGCUGUUUUUGAUUCAGACAGAGGCCCAGAUGAGGAAAUUCCAAAAGAUGAAAUUAAAGAGUACUACGAAGCUAGAUAUGUUUCCGCAUGUGAAGCCAGCUGGAGAAUAUUUGGCAAUGAUGUUCAUUAUCGGUAUCCAUCUGUUAUGAGGUUACCAUUUCAUCUUCCAGGACAACAAAAUGUUGUAUUUAGUUGUGACGAUGAUAUUGAGGAUGUCCUAAACAAACCUCAAGUAAAUUCCUCUAUUUUCUUAGAAUGGAUGAAGAUGAACAAUUCUAAGCCUGAAGCAAGAGAACUUACUUAUGUUGAGUUUCCCACAAAAUAUGUGUGGAAGUUAAAAGAUCGUUGCUGGCAGCAACGCCAAAAUUAUGUUGUUAUUGGAAGAAUUUAUUCUGCGUCUCCAUCUCUUGGUGAGGCUUAUUACCUAAGAAUUCUUCUUACUAAGGUUAAAGGACCACGAUCAUUUGAAGAAAUAAGAACAUAUGAUGGUGUUGUUUAUCCUACAUUUCGGGAUGCGUGUUAUGCACGUGGCCUGUUAGAUGAUGACAAUGAAUAUAUCGAGUGUAUUAAAGAAUCCAGUUUCACAGGAAAUGGUCAUUAUCUUCGUUCUUUGUUUGCAACACUUCUAUUGUCUAAUACGCUAUCUAGACCUGAAGUUGUUUGGGAGAAAACGUGGGAGCUAUUGUCCGAGGACAUUUUAUACAAUAUGCGGAAAGAUUCUGAUUUCGUUGUUUCUGAGGAACGUUUAAAGAAUAUUACGUUGUCGAAAAUCGAAAAAUUCCUUCUUCGUAAUGGAUCCAGCUUGCACAGGUUUUCACCAAUGCCUUAUCCUGAUGAUGACUAUCUGAUGUCCGAGAGCAACCGUUUGAUAAACGAGGAGCUUUCUUUUGACAUGGAUGAAGUUACGGCUGAGUUCAAUAAUCUUCACAGCUGUUUAAACGGCGAUCAAAGAGCCGUGUAUAAUGAAAUUAUGGAUGCUGUUCGGAUUGGUAAGGGUGGUGUGUUUUUUGUGUACGGUUAUGGUGGUACGGGCAAGAUUUUUCUGUGGAAAACUUUAGGUGCUUCUAUUAGAUGCAAUGGACAGAUUGUUAUUAAUGUUGCUUCAAGUGGUAUUGCAUCUUUGUUGUUAUCACGCGGUCGUACUGCUCACUCGCGAUUUCAUAUUCCAAUUAAUCUCAAUGAAGAUUCGGUAUGCCAUAUAAAGCCUAAUACUGAAAUCGCGAAUCUUUUAUAUGAAGCAAAGUUGAUUAUUUGGGACGAGGCACCGAUGAUACACAAACAUGCUUUCGAGGCUCUUGAUCGUACAAUGAAGGAUGUUUUGAGUGUUUUUGAUUCACGAAAUUCAGAACUUCCUUUUGGUGGGAAAACUAUUGUAUUUGGUGGUGACUUUAGACAAAUCCUACCAGUUGUACAAAAUGGAAGCAGGCAAGAUAUCGUAAACGCCUCAUUAUGUUCAUCCCACAUCUGGUCCAGUUGCAAGGUGUUGAAAUUGACAAUCAACAUGCGUUUGUCGGUUGGAUCAAGUAGCUCAAACGUUAUGGAGAUAAACGAAUUUGGUAAAUGGCUUCUUGACAUUGGCGAAGGUAAUGUUGGUGAUUCUAUCGACGGUGAUGGAAAUAUUGAAAUACCUGCUCAUCUCUUAAUAACUGAUGAGAAUGAUCCAAUUCAAGGUUUGAUUGACUUUGUAUAUCCUUCAGUUCUUCAUCGUUAUAAAGACCGUGACUACUUUUCUGAGAGAGCUAUACUCGCUCCUAAGAAUGAAGUUGUUCAUGAGAUAAAUGACCGUUCGCUUGAUUUGUUUCCCGGUGAAGAAGUAGAGUAUCUUAGCUCUGAUAGUUUAUGUCCGACUGAGGAAAUCAACGAUCCGUUACAUCAAGAUUUGUAUAAUCCAGAUGUGUUAAAUAGUGUAAAAGUAUCAGGGUUACCAAAUCAUAGAUUGGUAUUAAAAUUGGGCGUUCCGGUUAUGCUUUUGAGGAAUAUUGAUCAGCAAAACGGUUUGUGCAAUGGUACGCGUCUUCAAAUCACACGUCUUGGUAAACGUGUUAUUGAAGCAGAGAUAUUAUCAGGAAGUAAUGUUGGAUCAAGAACUUACAUCCCAAGAAUCAGCAUGAUACCAUCUGACAAGAAAAUACCCUUCAAAUUUCAAAGAAGGCAAUUUCCAAUAACCGUAUGUUUUGCGAUGACUAUUAACAAAAGUCAAGGACAAUCUCUAUCUAGAGUUGGUAUAUACCUCAGAGACCCCGUGUUCUCACAUGGUCAGCUUUAUGUUGCGUUGUCGAGGGUAAAGACUAAGGAUGGCGUUAAGGUUUUAAUAUUCGACAAAGAUGGGAGGCCAACAAAUAAAACUGCAAACGUUGUUUACAAAGAAAUAUUUGGGAAAUUGUAG